GAGUUGCUAUUUUCCGAUCGUCUUUGAACGCGGCACAGUUGAUUGCCCGGGCUCCGCCUUCUUCCGUCGCGUCAGUUCCAACAUGGCGGCGCCCCAUGCCGUGGUCGCGGUGGAGGAAGGCAGCAGCGGCGGCGGCGGCGAGGGGCUGAUUCCUCCCGGUUCAUCCACCGCCGCAGACGCGAGGAGACCUCAGUUCGGGACGAGGUUCCUCACCGACCCGCGGCAGGUCUUCCAGCACAACGCAUGGGACAAUGUUGAGUGGAGUGAGGAACAAGAAGCAUCUGCUAAGAAGAAAGUCUCAGAAAACAACCAGCCGCUGCCUCCAGAGAAACAAGAGGAAUACGACAGCCGGGCCAACGAGUAUUGGAACGACUUCUACACGAUCCACGAGAACCGCUUCUUCAAAGACCGUCACUGGCUGUUCACGGAGUUCCCGGAGCUGGCCCCGCAGUGCGGCCGGAGCCGAGAGCGGAGCGGAGGAGUUGUUGAUGUCGAUGGCGACUUCCCCGGCUCCUCGGCCACAUGUCGCGUCCUGGAGGUUGGCUGCGGUGUGGGGAACACGGUUUUCCCGAUACUGAAGACCAACAAUGACCCGGGACUCUUUGUUUACUGCUGUGAUUUCUCCAGCACUGCUGUGGAGUUAGUAAAGACUAAUCCAGAGUACGACCCCGAGCGCUGCUUCGCUUUCGUUCACGACCUGAGCGAUGUGGAAGCCGAUUACCCCGUCCCCGACGGAACCCUCGAUGUUAUAGUGCUGAUCUUUGUGCUGUCAGCGUUGCAUCCUGACAAGAUGCAGGCAUCCAUCAGCCGGUUGGCGCGGCUCCUUAAGCCCGGGGGAGUGAUGCUGCUCAGGGACUAUGGACGCUACGAUAUGGCACAGCUCCGCUUCAAGAAAGGGAGGUGUCUGUCGGAAAACUUUUAUGUCCGAGGGGAUGGAACAAGAGUAUAUUUCUUCACCCAAGACGAGCUCCAUGAGCUGUUCGCGGAGGCGGGGCUUGAGAAGGUGCAGAACCUCGUGGACAGGAGGCUGCAGGUGAACCGGGGGAAACAGCUCACCAUGUACAGGGUGUGGAUCCAGUGCAAGUACCGCAGGGCUCCGGUCGAGCCGCCUGAGGAGCAGGACUGAUGCGGAGGCGAGGACUCCCGCCACCCGCCCCAGGCUUUGACCUUUCAACCACAAGCUGAAAUCAAGGCGUUGCAGGCUCAGGGUUAUGGAAUUGAAAAGGUCUAUUGUGGUUGUGAUCAUGAACACGCAAACGGGACAGUUUAUAUGUCGUUGUAAGAACCUUACACUAUCUCGGCUGUUGUGGUAUCGAUGGACUUGUGUUGUGGGCCGGUCACCCACUCGGCCUCCAACACUUUUAAAUGAGCUGAUGUUUUGAUAUGAAUUGCAUGGUUUUUGAAAAAACAUUUUUUUUAUAUAUAUAUAUAUAUAUAUAUACACAUGCAAAAGUAAUAAAAAUCUGAAUCUGAACUGCAA